AAGAUGCGUAUAAUAAUGACUAUAAAAAGAGCUCUUAAUUUACUGACAAUUCGCAGUUAUCUGUUGGCAUUUUAUCAAGUAAAGUAAAGGAUAUUCGUUAAAAAUGCAAAUCAAAUAUUUGUUUCUGUUGGCAUUCUCGUCAAUCGAGUUGGUGUUUGGUGGGCCGGUUAUCGAUGCAUUAGGAGGUGGAAAUACUCCUGUCGGUAUAAUUCCAAUUGGAGCCAUAAGUGGUGGUGGUGGCGGUAAAAAAGGUAAAGGUGAUCUAGUUGGGCCACUUGGAGGUGACGUGAACGAAAAUGGACCUCUAAACGGUUUGAAUGGUGCUUUAGGGGAAGUACUAUGUGGAACUGGUAUAGGUAAUGACUAUUGCAAUGGAAUUUUGCAAGGAUUGCAGCACCCGUUAGGACCAACUGUAAAUGAAUUGGGACUGGGCAAAGAAUUUUAUGGAGUAAAGGGGAAAAAGAGAGGCGAUGAUGGAGGCCGAGGAGAUGACGGUGGUCGAGGAGAUGACGGUGGUCGAGGAGACGACGGCGGAGAACGAUGGGGUGGCGGUGGUUCCAACGGAGGAAUUGGUGGCCCUGGAGGAAAUGGAGGUUGCGGUGGCGGUGGCGGUGGUGGUGGUUGUGGUAGUGGUGGUUGUAAAAUUCCCAAAGGUGGAUGCGAUAACGAUUGCAAUAACGAUUGCGCUAAUGGUUGUUCACGGCUUACGUUAGUGGUCGGGAAAUUUGACAAAUAAUUAUGAAAAUGCAUUUUUUUGAAUCAAAAUUGAAAGUCUUUAAAUUGUAAAAUGACAAAAUAGAUAUACCAGCUAAUAAACAUUUUGUUUAGUAC